UGAUGAAUGUACCAUGAAUAUGAACCCAUCCUUCAAUCAAAGACCGUGCAUUCACAUCAAAGGGUUUCAUUACACUUCAAUCUCAACCAACCAACCAUCCAAAUCAAAAAAAGAGUACAUUUCCAUAAACGAAAGCUUUGGUUGUGAGGUCUAUGAAAGGUCACCAAUGGCGGCUUCUUCCUUUGCAUAAACAAACCCUUUAUAAAGCUUGUUUUGGUAGAGCCAUGGGUUACAAUGAUUUAGAGAUGAUAAGUAACCAUUUCACAGUCGAGAGCUCGAAUGAAAGUGAUCAUUAUCAAGGAACAAUUAUGAGCUCGGCUAACCCUUUUUUCACUGACACCUUUUGUUUUGAAAAGUUUGAUCAUUUUAAUGAAAUCCCGAGCUGUGUUGCCCCAGCUACUGCUCUUUGCUCCUCCGCGCCUGCAAAUUACUCUUCGUUUCCUGCAUUUAACACAGAAGGUUCCAAGAGCUCGGGAGGAAGAAAGAGGAAAAGGGAAAAUGAACGGGAUGAGGAGAAGCCUAAAGGAGUGAUUCAUGUGAGAGCAAAACGAGGCCAAGCUACCGAUAGUCACAGCUUAGCGGAAAGGGUAAGAAGACAGAAAAUAAACCAGAGGCUGAGAUUCUUACAGGACUUGGUUCCAGGAUGCUACAAGACAAUGGGAAUGGCAGUCAUGUUAGAUGUGAUCAUAAACUACAUCCAAUCUCUGCAGAAUCAAAUAGAGUUCCUCUCAAUGAAGCUCUCCGUUGCUAGUCGCUACUAUGACUUCAACAACAGCUCCGAGACUGAUGAGAUUGAGAUAAUGCAGGCAACAAAUGGGUGUGAUUACAUGGAAGAGAUGGGCGGGAGGGUUGUAGUUAGAGAAGAAGAAGGGAAUGGAGGGUCCUUUUACCACCACUCUACUUUGCCACCUCUCUAACUUCAAUACAAUCUAUACUCUCAAACCAUAACUUUUAUUUAUUCAACUUAUAUUAAUGUUUUAUAAUUUCUUCCAAUCCAAACAUUAUACUAUAAUAUGUAAGCGUGACAUUAAAUUAAACUAAACAUAUCAUUUUCAUUUAAUUAAGGUUGUCUUAAUGUUCCA